GAUAUCUAUAAAUACACCAGGACACUGGAUAUAUGCAAGCAUACUUAACAAAGUUUUUGGUCUCUAAAAGAGGAGAAUGGAUUCUCAUACCUUAAUGGUUUUCACCUUUCCAGCUGCUCUAAUUCUCCUUCUCUUCAUCUGGACAAAGGCCAAAACUGGUGGUUCCGCCACCAAACGGCCACCCGGACCACCCGGAUGGCCUCUGGUUGGCAACAUGUUUGACCUUGGAGACAUGCCGCAUCAAACGAUGUACAAGCUAAAGGCCAAGUACGGACCCCUUCUUUGGCUCCAACUCGGCUCAGUCAACACCAUGGUGGUGCAAUCACCAAAAGUCGCCGCCGAGCUUUUCAAGAACCACGACAUCCCUUUUGCUGACCGGAAAGUACCUGAUGCUCUAACCGCCUUCCACUUCAAUGAAAGCGCGUUGGGAAUGAACACUUUUGGCGCUUACUGGCGGGUACUUAGAAGGAUCUGCUCAAUGGAGUUUUUGGUGAACAAGCGAAUGAACGAGACAGAGGACAUCCGGCGGAAGUGCACUGACAACAUGGUCCGGUGGAUUGAGGAGGAGGCAGCAGCGUCUCGGGCAAACGGUGGACCCGGAGAGGUGCAGCUCAACCGCCUUUUCUUCCUCAUGGCUUUCAACCUAGUCGGAAACCUAAUGCUCUCCAGAGACCUCUUGGAUUCGAAGUCAAUGGAAGGGAAAGAGUUUUUCGAUUGCAUGAACAAGAUUCUGGAGCUAGCGGGGACGCCAAAUGUGGCAGACUUUUUGCCGUUCUUGAAAUGGCUGGACCCGAUGAAGAUCAAGAGGACUAUGGUGCGAGACAUGACAAAAACCAUGAAGAUCGCGUCUAAGUUUGUGAAGGAGAGGAUUGAGGAGAAGCAGGCUGGGAAGCAGAGGGCGAAAAAGGACUUUCUGGAUGUGCUGUUGGAGUACGAAGGUGAUGGAAAAGAUGGGCCUGACAAAUUCACCGUGCAUGAUGUGAAUGUUGUCAUUAUGGAAAUGUUUUUUGCGGGUUCAGAAACUACUAGUAUCAGCAUCGAAUGGGGUUUCACUGAGCUGUUGCGAAACCCUCACUGCAUGAAAAAAGUACAAGAGGAAAUCGACAGAGUGGUUGGACUUAACAGGAAAGUCGAGGAGAGCGACAUGGAUCAAUUGCCAUAUUUACAAGCCGUGGUGAAGGAAACGCUCCGAUUACACCCUGCACUUCCUCUACUCCUUCCCCGUAAUACAAUGGAGGAUACUAAGUUCAUGGGAUAUCUCAUACCCAAAGGCACACAAGUGUUUGUGAAUGCAUGGGCCAUUGGGAGAGACCCAGAAGCCUGGGAAGACCCCUUGUCUUUCAAGCCUGAGAGGUUUUUGGACUCAAAUAUUGAAUACAAGGGCCAACAUUUUGAGUUGAUUCCCUUCGGAUCAGGGCGAAGGAUAUGCAUUGGGUUUCCCUUGGCGCACCGCGUGCUUCACAUUGAACUAGCCACCUUGGCACAGACUUUUGACUGGGAGCUCAGCGGCGGUGUGACUCCGGAGACCAUGGACAUGCAGGAAAGAUUGGGACUGACGCUAAGGAAGAAAGUGCCAGUGAGAGCAAUACCCAAAAAGAGAAUUCCAUAAGCAUGCUAUUAUCAGGAUUGAGGUUUGGAAACUUGGUCAAUCUGGAAAUCUGGUGGUGAUGAAUAAAUUAAGUUACACAGCUCUCUAACAACUUGAAGUCGUGGAGCGCCUAUCAUAGAAAAUCGUUCGAUAUUAUGUUUUUAAAGUUCUAUAUUCGAUUUACGUAGGUUGUGUACGUUAUAGACGUCAUUUGCAUCGAUGGUCGGAGUUUAUUGCAGAAAUGUCAUUGCCCGCAAGUUUUUCUAUGUACUUCAAGAAAUAAACCCUGUUUCAAAAGGAAUUUGAGCUUUAUUGCAUCCA